AUGGCUGAUAGCAUCCCCGCUAUAAAAAAACCAUCGGGUCUAGCGGUAGAAAGCUUCUCUCACCCUGCCAUCGACAUUGCCUCAGACCGCGAGCCCUAUGGCCCACCCGGUCUGCGAGGUCUAGUAGCCAACCCGUUUGUGGUUCUUUGUGCCGCCUGCUCAACACUGGGUGGUUUACUUUUUGGCUAUGACCAAGGUGUCAUAUCGGUUAUUCUAGUCAUGGACCAGUUCUUGACGGAAUUCCCGCGGAUUGACGAGGGGAAUCCGGGCUCAGGCUUUGCGAAAGGACUGUUGACGGCGAUGAUUGAGCUGGGAGCUUUGAUUGGUGCUCUCAACCAGGGCUGGAUUGCCGACAAGAUCUCGCGACGGUAUUCAAUUCUCGUCGCUGUUGCUAUAUUCACUAUUGGCUCUGUGCUGCAAACUGCUGCCUCUGGCUAUCCUAUGUUGACGGUGGCUCGGCUGAUUGGUGGUGUCGGAAUCGGAAUGUUGUCUAUGGUUGCACCAUUGUAUAUUUUCGAAAUCAGUCCACCCGAGUGCCGGGGAACCCUCUUGGUUCUCGAAGAAUGGUGCAUUGUGCUCGGCAUUGUGAUUGCCUUUUGGAUGACCUAUGGCACACAAUACAUGGUCGGCGAAUGGUCCUGGCGCCUCCCUUUCCUGCUCCAGUUAAUUCCGGGCUUUGUACUCGCUGCUGGAGUUUACGCUCUUCCAUUCUCACCCCGUUGGCUGGCUUCAAAGGGCCGUGACGAGGAAGCCCUUGACAGUCUUUGCAGACUCCGUACGCUGCCAGCAUCUGACAGACGGGUUCGCCAGGAGCUUAUGGAUAUCCAAGCCGAAGUGCGCUUCCACCAGCAAUUGAACAGAGAAAACCAUCCAGAUCUGCAAGAUAGCGGUAGAAAGAACUCCAUUCUGCAAGAGCUUUCGUCGUGGACCGAUUGCUUCAGGAAGGGCUGCUGGCGCCGUACUCACAUUGGCAUUGGACUGGGAUUCUUCCAACAGUUCAUCGGUAUCAACGCUCUCAUUUACUACUCUCCAACCAUCUUUGCGACGAUGGGUCUUGACACAAGCAUGCAACUUAUCAUGUCCGGCGUUCUUAACGUUGUGCAGUUGGUGGGUGUCACCAGCAGCAUCUGGACCAUGGAUGUUGUUGGUCGCCGCAAGUUGCUCCUAAGUGGUGCAGCUCUCAUGGCUAUCUCUCACAUCAUUAUUGCUGCUUUGUUCGGGAUCUACUCCGUGGAUUGGCCAUCCCACAAAGCAGAAGGUUGGACAAGUGUGGCCUUCCUACUGUUCUACAUGCUUGCCUUUGGGGCUACCUGGGGUCCUAUCCCGUGGGUGAUGCCUUCCAAAAUCUUCCCUUCUUCCCUUCGCGCCAAGGGUGUUGCUCUUUCAACUUGCUCCAACUGGCUCAACAACUUCGUCGUUGGUCUCAUCACCCCGCCUCUCGUCCAAGGCACCGGAUACGGUGCCUACGUCUUUUUCGCCAUCUUUUGCUUGCUCGCCGGAGUGUGGACCUACUUCUUUGUACCAGAAACCAGAGGUCGAACUCUCGAGCAGAUGGAUCGUGUAUUCAAAGACAAGGCUAGCAAAGAAGAAAAGAUGAAGAGGCGUGUUAUCAUGGCCGAACUGAUUCGUGCCCAGUAUGAGAAUGCACAUCACGAGUUUGCCUGA